GAGAGAGAGAGAGAGAGAGAGAGCUUUGGGUGCUGGACUCCAUGCUUGUGGCCAAAAAUUCAUGAAGAAAUUUAUCUUGAUUUUCUUGCCUUCACACACUCUUUUAUUUGAUCUUACUUGGUUUUAAUCUGUUCCUCCUUCAUGCUACUUUCUCCUGUCCGCUCUUUUCCUUAUUAUCCGUCUAGAGAAUGAUUUUGUCCAUUGUUGCACUGCUCCAGCUGGUGCUUACGGCAUUUGCACAAUCUAGCGCCAAUGACGACUUAAUGUCCUUUGUGACGCUCCCGGAUGUCAAGGCGUUAAAAUAUGAAGUGUACUACAAGGACCGCGAUCGCGUCAGCCCGGGCUACUGGUUCGUCGCGCCUUAUGGGAAAAUCGACCCGGAACCUCCGUCGCAACAAUACAAGCCAUACCAGAUUGGACCCUAUAUUUAUGAUGGCGAUGGGAUGCUCAUCUGGGCUGGCUCGCCCAUGUUUGAUAACCGCAACAUCUUCGAUUUCAAGGCUGUCCACAGCAUUGGUGACAAACCACACCUGUCCUUGGUCUGGCAAAUGGCGUACGAUCACUCGGACAAUGGAUAUGGCGUUAUACUAGAUAAUGCCUAUAACAUCAAAAAGAAGAUUCCGAUGCCGGACGAGUACGGCGCCUUUGAUAUACACGAGUUUAAUAUCCUUGACGAUGGCAAAACGGCUAUGGCCAUCACCUACCGGGAACAUGAAAUCGCCUUGGACACGAUGGAUCGUCCUGGCGAGCAUACGUAUGUUUUGUCGGGCGGGUUCGUCAAAAUAGAUUUGGGCUCGGAGAAGAUUAAUUAUGUCUGGGAUGGUGUCGACAAAGUUGCCCUGAGUGAAUCUGUCACGGUCAACAAGGAGACCCCUCCCGUGGGGGCGCCAGGAUGGGAUUAUGUCCAUAUCAACGCAAUCGACAAGAAUGACGAUGGCGAUUACAUUAUCUCUUAUCGGUUUACCAACACAAUCUACAUGGUUUCGGGCAGGGAUGGCAAUAUUAUGUGGCGGCUGGGCGGGCAGUACACUGACUUUGAACAAGACUUCACAUUCUCCAAGCAGCACGAUGUGAAAUUCAUUGAAUCUAAUGGGACGCACCAUGUCAUUUCGAUCCUUAACAAUGCCUCUGAUGAAUACAGCAAUGACGAGGACGUAUCGUCGGCUCUUUUCAUUGAGCUGGAUACCAGCGCAUCCCCCAAGACUGCUAAGGUUAUCCGACGCUAUAACCGUCCCGAUGGUGGCCUCACCCGUCUCCGUGGCAAUACUCAGCUACUCCCAAACGACAACGUGUUUGUUGGAUGGAGCGAAAGGGGCUAUAUUUCUGAGUUCUCCCCUGAGGGUGACACUUUGCUAACGGCAAACUUUGCCUCCUCGCGCUAUUCGACCUAUCGUGCAUACAAGUUUGAGUUCACCGGCCGCCCUAGUGCACCUCCUGAUCUGGUUGCCUCUGUGUGGGGCACUGGUCAGACAGAUCUCUCGACUACCUUCUAUGUCAGUUGGAAUGGUGCCACCGAUGUCGCUGGAUGGAACUUCUACGCGCGGGCUGCGAAGAAUGGCCACCCUAUCCUUAUCGGCACCGCUAACAAGACCGAUUUUGAGACGAUGUUUAUCGCCCGCGGGUACCUGGACUGGGUGACCGCCGAAGCGGUUGAUCACGAAGGCCGAGUCCUGGGCACUUCUCGGGUCCAGAGAAGCAAGAUCCCCGAUAACUGGGCCGCAGCUGGGUUCGUGGGCGAUCUUAAAACCCUUAAACCAGAUGAUCCCAAGGUUUCCAAGUCGAACGAUAACAAGCAGAUAAUUGCUGGAGAGGCUGAUAGCAACAACAACUUGCAAUCCUCACAGCCGGCUGAUGCGGAUGUGAAGCAGAUCGCCCAGCUGGCACAUGAAACGUACGACCUCGUCCGAAACGUCAGUGGUGUUUUCGUCCUCAUCGUACUUUGCGGCAUCGUGUCUGGUAUCGCAGCCAGCAUCUAUCUCUUGAUCCGCCGUCGGAAAACGCAGCCUUACAAGCAUGUCCCAUCCGAUGACGUCCCAGAUGAGGAAAUCCGCCUCCAUUCUGUUGAGUGAUCUGCUGGCUGUUGUGUCCUAUCUUUUACAGCCAAGGCCUCUCGUUUUUGAGUGACUUAUGUACAUUAUACCCUUCGAUACCUAUAUACAUACGCAUAUCAUUUAUACAUCAUGUACGUUAAA